UUUGCGUCGAGAUCCUGUCAAACCACUGUACUUCGAUUUUCACGCACCAGAACUUUUACACUCUUUCUUGAGGACUGUUUUACCAAACUGGACAUCUUAUUUAAUUAUUUGCAUUGACACACAGCAGCAGCACUUGAGAAAUCACUCUACAGCAGUUGGUUGGGUUCCUGCCUUUUCCAAGACAUUUAUGAAGUAAAAAGGAUAUGGUAUUGGACAUGUGAAAUACAGGGGUAACUUCAAACAUGAAGCUGGCGUCUCCUCUGUGUUGCCUCGGCUUUCUUCUCACUUCAGUGGCGGUCCGUCUUAGCGACUCGCAGCAAGUUUGCACUGGCACAGAGAACAAACUGAGCACCCUGUCAGACCUCGACCAGCAGUAUCGGACCCUUCGCAAAUACUACGAGAACUGCGAGGUUGUUAUGGGUAACCUUGAGAUCACCAGCAUCGAUCGCAGCCGUGACCUGUCCUUUCUCAGGUCUAUUCGUGAGGUGACUGGCUAUGUGCUUGUGGCACUAAAUCAGUUUGAAUAUCUGCCUUUGGAAAAUCUUCGCAUCAUCCGCGGCACCAGACUGUACGAAGACCGAUAUGCUCUGGCCAUUUUCCUUAACUACCGCAGAGAUGGCAACUUCGGUCUCCGUCAACUCGGCCUUAAGAAUCUUACAGAAAUUCUGAAUGGAGGGGUGUAUGUGGACCAGAACAAGUUCCUGUGCCAUGCUGAUACCAUCCACUGGCAGGACAUUGUGAAAAACGCCCGCCCUGAUCACCUGGUUGUGCCGUCCAAUAGCAGCAACUCCUGUCAAAGGUGUCAUAGAGUUUGUAAUGGACGGUGCUGGGGGCCAAAGGAGGACCAAUGUCAGAGCUUGACAAAGACAGUGUGUGCUGAGCAGUGUGAUGGCCGCUGCUUUGGACCGUACGUCAGUGAUUGCUGUCAUCGCGAAUGUGCUGGAGGCUGUUCAGGCCCAAAGGACACGGACUGCUUUGCCUGCACUAACUUCAAUGACAGUGGCGCAUGUGUGACGCAGUGCCCGCAGCCGUUUGUCUACAACCCCACCACAUUCCAGUUGGAGCACAAUCCACGGGCCAAAUACACCUAUGGAGCAUUCUGCGUCAAAAAGUGCCCACAUAACUUUGUGGUGGACCACAGCUCCUGUGUCAGAGCCUGUCCCAGCAACAAGAUGGAGGUGGAGGAGAAUAGAAUCAAGAUGUGCAUCCCCUGCACCGACAUCUGCCCUAAAGCAUGUGAUGGGAUCGGCACUGCCAGCCUUCAGAAGGCUCAAACCGUUGACUCCAGCAACAUCGACAGGUUCAUCAACUGUACCAAGAUCAAUGGCAACCUGGUGUUCCUAAUUACGGGUAUUAAAGGGGACGUAUAUCACAACAUAGAGCCCUUGGAUCCAGAGAAACUCAAUGUGUUCCGCACUGUUCGAGAGGUCACUGGUUAUCUAAACAUUCAAUCCUGGCCAGAGAACAUGACUGAUCUGAGUGUCUUCUCCAAUCUGGCAACCAUUGGAGGCAGGUCUCUUUACAGUGGCAUUUCUCUUCUGGUACUGAAGCAACAGUGGAUUUCAUCGCUUCAGCUGCAGUCUCUCAAUGAGAUCAGUGCAGGAAAUGUGUACGUCACCAACAACAGCCAGCUCUGCUACUACAACACUGUCAACUGGACAGGACUCUUCCGUACCAACACUCAGAAGGCCCUGAUCCGCAAUAACCGAGACCCAAAGGAGUGCAUUUUGGACCGGAUGAUCUGUGACCCGCUGUGUUCUGAUGCCGGCUGCUGGGGUCCAGGGCCCGACCAGUGUCUGUCCUGUCGCUUCUUCAGCAGGGGCCGCACCUGUGUUGAAUCCUGCAACCUACAUGAAGGGGACGUGCGUGAGUUUGCAAAUGGCUCAGUGUGCCUGGAGUGUGAUGCACAGUGUGAAGUGGUGGAAGAUGACAGGCUAACCUGCACUGGGCCGGGCCCUGAUCACUGUGUUAAAUGUCUUCACUUUAAAGAUGGGCCCAACUGUGUCGAGAAAUGCCCUGAUGGUCUACAGGGAGCAAACAGCUUCAUCUUCAAAUAUGCUGAGGCCAACAAUGAGUGUCACCCCUGCCAUGUCAACUGCACCCAGGGGUGCACAGGGCCCAGUCUGCAAGACUGCAUUGGCAUGAUGGACAGGACUCCUCUCAUUGCAGCUGGAGUUAUCGGUGGAUUGUUUGUGGUGAUUAUUGUGGGCUUGGGUAUUGCCGUAUCAGUGAGGAGAAAAAGCAUCAAGAAGAAGAGGGCCUUGAGACGCUUCCUGGAAACUGAGUUGGUGGAGCCUCUGACACCCAGUGGUGCUGCCCCUAACCAGGCCCAGCUGCGCAUUCUGAAAGAGACCGAGCUAAAAAGAGUAAAGAUCCUGGGAGCUGGGGCCUUCGGUACCGUCUACAAGGGCAUCUGGGUACCUGAGGGUGAGACUGUGAAGAUUCCUGUGGCCAUAAAGAUCUUGAACGAGGCUACGGGCCCCAAAGCUAACGUAGAGUUCAUGGAUGAGGCUCUGAUCAUGGCCAGCAUGGAACAUCCUCACCUGGUCCGUCUGUUGGGCGUGUGCCUGAGCCCCACCAUCCAGCUGGUCACCCAGCUCAUGCCCCAUGGCUGUCUGCUGGACUACGUGCAUGAGCACAAGGACAACAUUGGCUCCCAGUUACUGCUCAACUGGUGUGUUCAGAUCGCCAAGGGUAUGAUGUACUUAGAAGAGAGGAGACUCGUGCACAGGGAUCUGGCUGCUCGGAACGUCCUGGUGAAGUCACCCAACCACAUAAAGAUCACCGACUUUGGUCUGGCUCGCCUUCUGGAUGCAGAUGAGAAGGAAUACAAUGCAGAUGGAGGAAAGAUGCCUAUAAAGUGGAUGGCCUUGGAAUGCAUUCACUACAGAAAGUUCACCCACCAGAGCGACGUUUGGAGUUAUGGAGUGACUAUCUGGGAGUUGAUGACAUUUGGAGGGAAGCCAUAUGAUGGAAUUUCUACACGAGAUAUCCCUGACCUGCUGGAGAAAGGAGAGAGGCUUCCUCAACCUCCCAUCUGCACUAUUGAUGUCUACAUGGUCAUGGUCAAAUGCUGGAUGAUAGAUGCAGACAGCAGACCCAGGUUUAAAGAGCUUGCAGCAGAGUUCUGCCGAAUGGCAAGAGACCCACAACGUUACCUAGUCAUCCAGGGGGAUGAUCGCAUGAAGCUGCCCAGCCCCAAUGACAGUAAGUUCUUCCAGAGUCUGCUUGAUGAGGAGGAGCUAGAAGAUCUGAUGGAUGCUGAGGAGUAUCUGGUGCCACAGGCUUUCAGUAUUCCUCCUCUGGCAUACACAACCAGAUCACGCAUGGACCCCAACAGAAAUCAGUUUGCCUACCAGGAUGGUAGUUUUGGCAUGGAAGAGAUUAUGGCCACUAUCCCAAGGGUUGUAGCUGUGUCUGCAGUCAGCCCAGCUUGUUCCACUCAGAAGCAAUCUAUGGCCCAGCAGGGGGCCUCAGGGCCCUCAGAGGCAUUUGAAGGCAGCCGCUGUAAUGGUACUCUCAGGAAGAAGGCUUCUCCCAGGACGAGCACCGGAGAGGACAGUAGUGGCCAGCGGUACAGCGCAGAUCCAACUGUGAUACUGUCUGAACGUGGAGCCAGAGCUGAGACUGACCAGGAUGGAUACAUGAGCGCCAUGCAGGACAAAAUGCCCUCAGAUUAUCUUAACCCUGUUGAGGAGAAUCCCUUCGUUGCCCAUCGCAGAAAUGGCGAGUUCCACACUAUAGAACGAGGUUACCAAAGCGCCUCCAAUGGCCAGCCCAAAGUGGAGGAUGAGUAUGUCAAUGAUCCACUUUACCUCAACACCUUCCAUAACUCUGGGGAUAAGAGUCACGAUCUCCUGAGGAAGAACGGAGAUCCUGUGGCUCACACGGCAGCAGUAGCAGCCAAUACUGGACCUUCCAACAGCCAGAAUCUCACCCAAACCAUGCAACAAGCAGCACCCAGUGCCCACAUCACAGCACAGCCUCUAUACCAUGGCCAACAAAGCAUCUCCACCCUCUUAGGCCAUACCCUUCACUCCGCCCAACCCGGACACACCCUCCACCCAAUCCACACCCUCCAUCCGGCUCACUCUGGGACCAUCAUGGCUGACAAAAAGCCCAAAAAGACAUUUGACAAUCCUGAGUACUGGCAGCACAGUCUUCCCCCCAAGGCCACUCUCCAAAACCCUGAAUAUCUGCAGGACUGCAGCACACGCUUCUUCUACCGGCAGAACGGUCGGAUCCGACCGGCGGUGGCUGAGAACCAGGAGUACCUGUCAGAGUACGAGCUAAAACCAGGCACUGUUUUGCCACCGCCUCCCUACCGCCAGAGGAACACUGUUGUGUAGCAACAGAUAACAAUGGAAGCAAGAGACAAAGAGGAACAGAGAGAGAGAGAGAGAGAGAGAGAGACCGUCUCAGUCAUACUAUGUUUUCACCCUGGCUCUCACACCAACAUCCCGGUCUCCUCUCCUCGAUGAACUAGAUUAACACCUCCAACGACCUGGAACUGAUCCACUCGAGUGAGCUUCUCCUCCAGAGUCACUGGUCACAGAUGACCACAUCUGUCAAAACUGUUACCUGCUUGUCUCUUCUCACUCUGAGCACCAUUAAAACCCCUUACAUCACCCCAACCCUUUGGAAAGCUCUAAAGUGAUACUCUUCCCAUCAUAUGGUAGAUGUUACACUUGCCUCAUUGUAAGGAAGUGCUGACUUCGAAUAAGCAUUGAUUUGGUACACACAAGAGGUAACUGUGUUUAGGAAUAAGCCCAGUGCCAUGCUGUGUGGACAUUCAGACCUGAAAACACAAACGCAACAUGGGUUAAUCCAUAACAAGCAGCAAAGAAGAGUCUUUCUUUUGUGCAAUUACAGCAAUUUUGACUAUUUAUCAUGUGUUUAUCUUUUUUGGGGAUUUUGAUUUGAAGCAAUCUGUUGUAAAUUAUGAUUUUGGCUGUUCUUGCUGUUAUUGUUACAUGAAAUAUAGUUUUUUUUAGCAGUCUACACCUGAGUAAAGUGGAAAAUGCAUAUAUGUUGUAUGCAGUGCUGUCAUCUGGAAACUGGUCAUUUUGUCCCAGGCCCUUUGACAAGGCGGCCCACUAAGGUCAUCUGUGGUAUAGCCUACACAUUGACCUGCUGGAAUGCUACAGUAAAAAUCAAGACCAAUAUUCCCAUAUGGCAUAUCCACAAAAGACAACACAUUGUGUGAUGUUUGGUUCAAAACAUCUCCAUAAUUCAUCUGGUCUGUAUGCACAUGUAACAAACAAGGCAUUUUUAUUUUUCAUUGUAAUUAUUUUGAGCCAUUCCCUACUCAUUUUGUGAUAUGAACUCUUAAGUAAGACUGGUAUUAUUCCCCACUUGCUUAUACACUGGUAACAGUCCUUCUAAAUGGUGAAGUAAAACAACGUUUAAAGGCAACUGGAUGAAUAGAAGCACUCCAUGCUGAGAAAUGCUACCGGUAAUUCUCAGUGAGUCUGUUUGUACUUAUAUAGAAACCAGGUCUUACUGCAGCCUGCUACAAAAUCAAUACCUUCAUAAAAACAGAUCUGCAACAGUGUACUGUAAUAUCGUUUUUAUUGUCGAUAUAGCCAGCAUUGAUCUGUGCGCUCACAGAGUUGUCACCUUCUGUAAUAUUUUAAUGUUUUGUGUGGAAGAAAAACCCAGACUGAGAAACUGCAUCUACCUUGAACUUUAGAAGCUGAAAUCAAUACUAGCGACCAAGAUCAUCAAUGUAGAUGGACAUACAGUACAUAUGGCAAAUGGUUAUUUACACAAUUACAGAAGCCAAGGAUUGCACGGAAAACUCAACAGCACAUGAUGCCUGGCUUCAGUUUUGAAAUAUGGCCGGAAAACUGUUAUUAACUGUAUAAACUUUAAUAAGAAGAAAGUCAAUGUAUAUCCAACAAGUCUGUGAGAUGCACAAAACUUACAGUGGCAUGAAGUGAUCAAGAUGGCAACUAUUUCUAGCUGUGUUCAUUGAAACUGUGACAGUGGGGACAUAUGAAAUAGAGAAGACAGGAAUACCAUCAUGCCAUGAGGGACAAAUGAGAAAGUAAGAAUGGAAUGUUUGCCCCCAGGCCAGAGAUGAGACUUGCUCAAAUCUGUCAUCUCCAUUUGAACUGUCUCCCAUAAUGACUUUCUACAAGAAGUAUGGAAGAGUUCCAAAAUACUCAUGAAAGUUACUACAAGUAUAUGAGUUUAGGAAGAUAAUGUAACUUGUUAGAGGUUUGAAAGCUUGUUGUCCUCCUUAAAUGUUGGAAAACAACUUUGCAACAUCUUCAAACCAUGCCAUCCCAGUUUCUAAGGCCAGAUUUGUUUAUAGUUUUGAACACUGCCAGGCACUAUGCUUUUCUCAUAAGAGGAAAAAUAAUGGGAUGUUGGUGUUUAGGAGAUGUGAGAUGGUUUUCAUAGCACUUAACAGCUUGGCACAGCCGCAUGAGUUUGUUUAAACAUCAACAGCACUGACUGAAUACUCAUUCAUUAUAAUCAUAGCUCACAUGACUUUAGCAAACACCACCCACCCACAUGCAUUCAUUUUGCUGCAUUAUUUUUUUUAUUUAAUUUAUUUGCUUUUUUAAUAUGAAGGUUUACGGUUACAUGGAGCACUUUAAUUAAUAGAGAUAUUAUCAAUGGGGGUAUUGCUGAUCCCGCAUAAUAAUAGAUACUUUAACAAAUUAGACAAAUUACAUUUUUGGCUCUGAAAAUUUAAUCAGGGAAUUUUAGUGAUGUGCAGUGAUUUUGCCAAGCACAGAUGUUUACUAAUUAUAGUAUUUAUCUCAAGCUUUACACCUGUCUGAAAAAUAAUUCAAAUUAGGGCAGCAUUUAAGACAAAGAAAUGCAAAUUUUCUACAAAUUCCUCAAUAAUAAAUUAAUAUAAGGUAUAUAUUUAAAUAUGACUAUUCUUAGACGCACAUUUAACAAUAGUAUAAGACAUAUUAACAGAUAAAACUGAUACUUGAAAUUUUUUUUUUUUUUUUUUUUUUUUUUUGCUGUUACAGGUAUGAAGUAAAGUGAGUAGAACUAAGGCCAGAUGAUAUUUCUAUUCAUGUUUAUAUUUGUGACAUACUCAAAUGAUUAAAUGCUUAGAUACAAAGGUUUUUUGGCUAAUAUUACGAAAACCCCAAAGAACGAUCUGUAUUAUCAAUGAAAAUAGGUUUGCCUACUGUUGGAAGAGUGUUAAUUUACCACAUGAGGGAUGGAUACUGGAAUACCAACAUUUCCUUAAAAGGCAAGAUCAUUACCAUUGUGCUUAAGCUACUGUAAGUGUCACUCGUUUUGCAGUGAGGCCUGUCUGAAUCUAUAUAUGUAGCAAAACUGCUGUGAAUACAGGGUGGGUAAAGAUUUACUAAAUCAAGCUGCAAAACGAGGAACCACUUGACCAAAACACAGAGGGAGAAGGAUCCCUGACAUGUGAGGAAGACUCUUACGUAUGCGAAUGCUUUUACCGUUGCUAUGGGAGACUUGGCUCAUUCAGUGCUGUCUUUCGGGGAACAUUUAGUCUCUCUAGGAAAACUGCAAGAUGAGGUAUGAUUGGAGCUCAAACGAUUUGUCUCACUGCACAUUGUUCAUUGUUGUAACUCACUUUUAGAAUCUUUCAGAAUCUAGAAAAAACACCUUGAAAAUGUACUUGUAUGUGUAAAUGUACAUGAUUUAUAAUGGGCUUGGAAAUGCAGUAUGUUCUUUUAUGUGAAUGGGGAAUUAAGAUAUUGGUGUAGGCAUCACUUUUUAUGUAUACUUUUUUUUUACAUUAUAUUAAUUGACUCCUCUAUCUUUUUAAAAAUCAUGCUGUUAUUUAUCAGCUAAUUGUAACACAUGGGGUAAACAGUUGCACAACUUUUACAUGUGGUAUUUCAGCACUAAAACCUGCAUCAUAUUCACUAACCACCAACAAUCCAACUAAACUAGCCAUAAAAUUUGUCACUGUCAUUCUUUACACUGCAAACAUGUCUCCUUACUACUAUAUGUAAAUUAAACAUAUUAAUUGCACCUUAUUCACAAAACUCCACACUAUUUGCUUGAUGCAAAGAACCAACCUAUAAAAUCGGGAAUUGCGUUGUGCAAAUUGCAUUCAGCACAGAUUUUCUAAACCUGGCCUUAUAGAAUCACGUUACUAUAUCGACAUGUUUGCUAAAUUAUAUUUUCGUGGCUCGUUGUACGUAUCAUGGCAGUUUCCUGGUGGAAUAAACAGAGGCGCUACAACAAUGACUUUUAUUCCCUUCGCACAAAUCACGAAUAAAUGUUAAAUGAUCAAUUCACAUUUUUCACCCUGUUCCACACACAAUGCUGUCUUAUGACAAAUAACACUUUUACUAUGUCUUGAAAGGUAAUACAUCUUAACAUUUGCAUUACAUAACCAACUACAUUUACAAGCUUGUUCGAAUGUGAUCAAAUUGCGCGAUAGCUCAACUGAUAAAGCGUUACACUAGCGAUUGCGAUGCAAAGGACUGGAGUAUGAGUCCUGAAGGGCAUGCAAGUAAAUGUGUGAGUAAACCUAUCGGUUAGGUUUAAGAUUUAGAGUAGAGUACUGUUUUGUUGAUUUAAAAAUUGAUGGAGCAUUAAACUUAAAAGCCUCAUCUUUUUGGGAGAACAUUUGACUCACUUUUAGUGCCACACAGUGGACAUUUCACCUCGAAUCGGCGGUCAUGAACAUUUUGUAAAAAUGUUGCCAAAUGUUGUCGUUUUCAUUCAGGCUGGAUUUUGUGGCCGUGUUUGCAAUGUUACCUGAUUUAUGUAAAUCCUUUAUUGAAUCGAGCUCUAAAACAAUGCAGACAGAAUAAUGCAAACUGUGACCCAGUGAUCAUAUAUUUUACAGUAUUGAGAGGCAAUAAAUUAACAUAUUACAGCUCAUAUAAACACCUUUUUUCAGUUUCAGUUAUCACAUUACUGUUAGGGUGCUUAUGGUUUGUUAGGGCACUUAUUGCUUUAAUACCCAAGACAAGAUUAAUUUGCAUAGGUGUUUGGCAGCACCGUGGAAACAAGCACAGGGUUUGCUUUUUGGGCCUUCAUUUGUUAUGCCCCUUUAUAGUAUUUUUUAGUUUUCAUUUUAUUGUCUUUGAAAUGCUCACUGGAACUUAUUUUGCAUAUGUCCAUACAGUCGGAAAGUAUCAGUAGACUAAGCACAGUUAAAAAGUCAUUUUAUAUCAUAAGGACAAAUAAAUGGAAGAAAUCCUCUUCCUGCAACACUGACAUUUGGAAUGGUUGUUCCUCAUGAUUUUACUACUGUAUGUCAGUGAGAAAAUUUGAAUAGUAUUUUUAUAGACCGUUAAAUUGUCCAGAUGUAUUUGUAAAUAGCUGGGAAACUCUUUUUGAGUUUUGGGACUGACCUUUUUUUUUUUCUUUCUUUUUUGGUUUUGUUCAUCUAUAUUGUGUGUGUGACCACUUAUUUCUUAUUUGAUGGCUGUAUAUAUCUGUAAUUUUAACAGCACAUAUUUGAUUUGUAGAUCCUGCAGGUUUUGUGUGUUUUUCGUGACUGUAUGUAGCCCAGCUUGAUGCAUUUUGUGUUCUUUAACCUCUGCCCGUGCUCAAGAGGUAGAAGAUGUUUUCUUUCCAUCAGGUAUAGCCUCUCUACCCCUUCCCCACACCAUCCCACAUCCUCAAUUUGCUCUUUUUGUACAGAAUUCAAUGUGGGGAAUCUGCAGCUGUGUGACAAUAGCAUUUGAAUCGCCCAGGACCUCUCCUGAUUUUAGUUCUGGUCAUAUCGGCAGUGUCUAGAUCAGGGCUACUCAACUUCGGAAAGGUCAGGGGCCGCAAAGCUGGAUCUCUGUACCCU